CACAUUUUCGAGUUUUUUAUUUGUCGCGGGUGUGUACUCGCGUGUAUGAAAAAUAUGCGAAUUUGUCAAUGUUUUUAAUCUGAAAACACGAACACCUAAAAUGGGUGGUCUUAAAUGUGCAGAGUGUGAAGAACCUGCAGAAUUAAAGUGUUCGGCUUGCAAGUUAGUGGCGUAUUGUGGAAAGGAACAUCAGAAGAAGCACUGGAAAGAACACAAAAAUCUGUGCAGACCGUUUGAGAUUGUAACUGAUCCGGAAAAGGGAAAAUGUCUGGUCGCUACUCGAGACUUACAACCUGGAGAUUUAAUUUUGGUGGAAAAUCCCAUAGUGUAUGGUCCUCGACCGCAUAUGGUUGAAGAGGGUCCGGUUCCAUGCCCGGGCUGCUGCAGGUUAAUUAUUGCUGAUAAUUCAGCGCGCUGUGAUGGAUGCGACUUUCCGAUCUGCAAUCCGGAUUGUCCUGGACUCAAAGAUAUGGACAGACAUGGACACGAAUGCAUGAUUUUAGGUCUACGAGACGUAAAAGCUAUAAAUGGAUUGCAUGAUUUUUACAGGCAAGAUGCCCUAUUGACUCUUCGAUGUUUGCUUUUGCAAAAUAGGCAUCCAAAAAAGUUUGCACAACUUUUGGAGAUGAACAGCCAUCAGGAUAAGCGAGGCGAAGAUACGGAAACAUACAAAAUCAACGAAAGUCGAGUUGUGGACUAUUUGCAGGACAACUUUUUUGCACCCAUGAGAAUUCUAGAAGGAAAAUCCGGAAAGCAAGUGUUGAAAGACAUUUCUAAAGAAAUUAUUCAUCAAAUUUGUGGAAUUGUCGACGUUAAUGCACUAGAAAUAAAUCAGGAUGCCGAAGUUACAGCUUUGUAUCCUACAGCUUUCCUGAUGGAACACAAUUGUUUAAGUAACACGAAGCAUAUGUUCGACAAUGCUGAUAAAGGAUAUACAAUCACGAUUAGAGCCUCGUUGCCUAUAGCUAAAGGUGAUCACAUUUCAACCAUGUACACUCACGCCUUGUGGGGUACUCAGGCUAGACGAGAGCAUUUGAGAGAAACCAAGUACUUUUCGUGCAAAUGCCUCAGAUGUGCUGAUCCUACUGAACUCGGAACUUACCUCAGCGCGUUAAAAUGCAUUGGCACGCAAGAUGAUGAGCCUUGCGGAGGCAUCCAGCUUCCAAUAGACCCACUCGAUGACAAUACGGAAUGGGCGUGUAAUAAAUGCGACGCUAAAUUAACCAAUCAUGAAGUCUGCUUUUUGGUCAACCAGAUAGGCGAGGAGGUGGAUAAUGUUCAACUCUCAAAUCCGACUGUUCGAGAAUUGGACAGUAUUUUAACGAAAAUGUUAAACUUUGUCCAUCCUAAUCAUUACCACGUUUAUUCUGUGAAGCAUUCCUUGGUACAACUAUAUGGUUAUCAGCAAGGAUACAUGCCAAAUCAACUAAGCGACGACAUAAUUGCUAAAAAGGCAACUAUGUGCCGUGAACUAUUGGAAAUAACAAAGAAAAUUGAUCCAGCAAAUGCUAGGCUUCCUUUGUACUCGGGAGUUUUGCUUCAUGAGCUUUACUUGGCCAAUAUGAUUCUCAUCAAAAGGAAAUGGGAUCUUGGUAUUAAAACCAAAGUAAAGUCGAUCAAUGUUCUAUUGCAAGAGUGUCAAUCCGCCCUAAGUCAAGCCCUUAGAGUAUUGGAGAAUGAGCGCAAUUCACCCGCUGGUGAGAAGCUAAUCAGCUUAGUCAAAUUCUCCGGCACAGAAUUUGAAAAAUUUGUAUCCCGAAAUAAAAUUGAUUUAUCGGGAGUAACCACUGGGAAAUCCAACUAAUGAUUAAUAUCAAUAAAUUAAUACUGUAUUUGUACUAAAUAAUUUGGCAAUUCUGUUGUGUAAAAUAAAUAAAUAGUUUACUUGCUAAAAUAA